AUGAUCCAGAAAUUUACACACAACUAUCGAUUGAUUGCCGUGCUUAACCUCGAGCAGAUCGACCGAUUCCCGCUUUUCUUCAAUUUUGGUUCCCCUUGGAGCAGGAUCGCUUCACCCUUCACCAUGCCCAAGGCCACCGGUUCCCGAGCCGCCGCUGCGGCGCGCAGACACAACCCUCUGGCGGACGAUAUCUCGUCCGUGGGGCACCUCCGGACACAGAGCAGCAAGAAAGGCAAACGCGCGCAGAAUGACGAUGAGGAUGGCGAAAACGGACAGCGUUAUAUCGAUGCCAAAAUGUCGCGGAAGAUUUUGCAAAUUGGUCAGGAGCUAGCAGAGGAGGACGCCGCUGAACAGAAGCUUGCUAUGGGAUCUGCUGCCCCCAAGUCGAAUGCCGCUUUUGAGUUCGAUACUCGAUUCGAUGAGGAGGAAUUGUCUGACGAUGACAAGUUCGAUAACGAUGGAUGGGUUGAUGAGGAGGAAGAGAUUGAGGAAAUCGAGGUCGAUCCGAAUGACCUGGAUAUGUUCAACAAGUUCAUGCCUGGCGGCAACGACGAAGACCCUAUUUUCGCCCCGCGAGAGCCCGGAGCUCAGGGACAAACGACUAAUUUGGCCGAUCUGAUCUUGGAGAAGAUCGCUGAGCACGAGGCCAAGCAGAAUGGCGAGACUGGUGGACCAUUCAUUCAAGGCGGUGGCCUGCCUGAAGAUGCCGUUCAAAUUCCCGCAAAGGCCAUUGAAGUAUAUGAAAAAGUCGGCAUGAUCCUCUCCCGCUACAAGUCUGGCCCGCUUCCCAAACCGUUCAAGAUUCUCCCGUCUGUGCCGAACUGGCCGACCCUUCUCGACAUCACUCAGCCCGAGAGAUGGACUGCCAAUGCUGUCUACGCCGGAACCCGCAUCUUUAUCUCUUCCAAGCCCCACGUGGCCCAAGAAUUUAUCAACACGGUGUUGCUGGACCGUGUCCGUGAAGAGAUCCACGAAACGAAGAAGUUGAAUGUCCACACCUAUAACGCCCUCCGCAAAGCUCUGUAUAAACCGGCGUGUUUCUUCAAGGGUCUUCUUUUCCCGCUCGUGGCCAGCGGUACUUGCUCAUUGCGCGAGGCCCACAUUGUCUCUUCGGUGAUUGCUCGUGUUUCUAUUCCCGUGCUGCACUCUGCUGCGGCGCUGCUUCGCAUGUGUGAUCUGGCCGCGGAGCAGUCCAUGCGGUCACUGGAGAGCACUGGUGCUGUGAACACAUUCAUCCGUGUAUUCCUGGAGAAGAAGUACGCUCUGCCGUACAAGGUCAUCGAUGCUCUUGUAUUCCAUUUCCUUCGGUUCCGCGCCGAUAACGAGGACACCGUCAUGGGUGAUUCUGCCAAGGCUUACAAACUCCCCGUCUUGUGGCACCAGUCUCUUCUGGUUUUCGCCCAGCGCUACCGCAAUGACAUUACCGAGGACCAGCGUGAGGCUCUUCUGGACUUGCUGCUGGUCCGUGGACACAAGGAUAUCGGUCCUGAAGUACGACGAGAACUGCUCGCCGGCCGUGGUCGAGGCGUAGUCCUCCCGGAUCCCGAGCAACAGAAUGCCCUUGAUGCCGGUGAUGAUACAAUGGAUGUGACCAUGUAA